UUUUUCGUCAUCACCCCGCGACCCGCACUUAUCGUUUUCCUACGUCACACCGAAGCGUAAAAAGUCCUGUCUUGCUUUUCAACGCUACUUUUGACAAAAUGACCAGAUAAUUGAGCCCUCCAAACCGCCCCGAAUUGAGCCAAAGGAAUCAAGAAGAAGGCGCCAUGGGGGCCGUGCUGUCACGAUGGAAAACAAAAGCAACUACAGUGGAGCAGCUGGAGAACCUGGACAAGGAGAUUAAGGAGCUGGAGGAGUUUCGAGCCAAAAACCAGCGACUCCAAAAGUUGUGGGUGGGCCGGCUGCUCCUCUACUCGUCCGUCUUUUACCUGCUGACCUGCCUGCUGGUCUAUUGCCUCUACCUGCCCGACCAAUGGCUCCACAGACUUGCCAUGGCCCUACCUUUCUUCGUCUACCCGGUUCUGGUGUGGUUCAUCCGGAAGUUGCUCAUUUUUCUCUUCUCCAAACGUACCGAGAGGAACAGCGACAUCUUAGAAGAAUUGAAGGUUACCAAAAAAAAGAUACUUGAAGAAGUGAUGGAAACGGAGACUUACAAAAAUGCCAAACUCAUACUGGAACGCUUCGAUCCGGAAGCAAAGAGGAAAGCUGAGAUGGAGUCAACGCCGGUACGGCCUCCGAUGACUCCCAGGCCGGGACAAGAUAUUCGCCAACGCGGCGUGCCCGUGAGCCCCCUGGGGACCCCCGCCGCCACGGCGAUGACCCCCCCGGCCGGAGGCCGACCCACGCCGGGCCCCGGGCCCGUACCAGUGGAACGUGUCCUUCUCUCAGCUCCAGGCGGACCCCCCGAGAGAGCCGCCCUGUCUGCUGCGGGCCUCCACGGGGGAGGGGCCAGGCCCCCCUACUCGCCCGUUCCUGGCGUAGGUCUGCAUCCUCCCGGUCCCCCGCUGGCGAGACCCGUUCUGCCCAGAGAGAGGGGGGCCUUGGACCGAGUGGUUGAGUACCUGGUGGGAGACGGGCCGCAGAACCGGUACGCCUUAAUCUGUCAGCAGUGCUUCUCCCACAACGGCAUGGCCCUCAAAGAAGAGUUUCAAUACCUCGCGUUCCGCUGCGCUUAUUGCUACUUCCUGAAUCCGGCCCGGAAGACACGUCCGCAGGCUCCCAGGCUGCCGGAGUUCAGCUACGAGAGGAGGCUGCGUGCCGAGUCCCCGGGACCCCCGCCGGAGGAGAGCGCGCCCCCCUCUGCAGACGAGCGGGAGCGCGGCGAAGGCGGCCACGCUGACGUCGAGGAGGCCGAGAGCCGCGGCGAGUUGGAGGACGAGCGAGAAGAGUUGCUCCGGGAUGAGGAAGACGAAGGGAAAGGUGAGGAAGAGGAAGAGGAAGGCGUCGCCGCUCGAGCGCGUCAACCUUCGUAGCUGCGGGGGGGGGGGGGGGGUGUUUGCACUCGCCGCUACAGGCAGUAGACGCUCAAUGCUAUUUGUGUGUCCGUAUUUAUUAGCAACGUUCUUAUCAUGGCGUACUUCACGAAUCGGCAGUUUCACGACAAGCUGACCGUGUUAAAGUUAAGACUCCUUCAUUUUAAACCGGAGUUGGUCAAGUGUGGCUCCAUUUUGUAUUUAUUAACGGCGAGAGAGGGAGAAAAUUGCAAUCUAGUUUAGUUUAAUUUCUGGCUCGACAUGAGACUUUACAGUUUACAUUUUUACCUCGCGAACAUAGCUCAUAAUACUUUUUCUUGGUAACUUGGUCACUCGUUGCCAGGCAAAAUUCACUUCAUCUGAAAUAUUAUUAGCACCAAAUCCUUGUCGUUAACUGUUGGCAAACAGUUGGAUGACAUUUGCUUAUUGCCAUUUUUUUUUUUCCUCAACUUUUGUCAUAGACGCUUUCGUUUGCGGUUAUUUUUGUAGCUUGUCAGCCAGCCUUGCGUUCUGACUGCAGUUGAUGAUUUUUACUGUUUUGUGAGCAGGACUUUGUAAGCGGCGACUUCAAAUUGUGGCUUCUUCUUCGUCUGACGCGCUUCCCUUCAUAAAAGUGGUUGCCAAAAGUCUUCUUGAGUGCACUUGCACUGACUUUUUUUGUUUUAGGCCUUCAAAGGUUUAGUUGGGCUUUGUUUGAUGAUUUCAAAAGAUGAUGGUUUCCUAGUUGUCUGGUUUCCUUGUGGCCACUCAACGAGCUGAGACUUGUCUUUUAAAUGGUAGUUCCUUAUUUUUUUCUUGUUUACACUAAAGUUAAAAUAUUUGUUUCCAUGAAAACAAACUGUCCCAAGACAAUUUUUGUUUCAAAUAGGAGAAAAUUUGAAGAGUGAAAGUUUGAGCGCGUCCAUUCAAUCAUUGUUUCCCAACUCAACUUUUGUUGAAGCAAGGCACAUAUUUUCAAAAAUCUCAGAGGACACCACCAAACAACAUUUGUUCCGCGUCUUGUCGAUUUGUGGAUUCUCCUCCGACAUCCGCAAAUAGUUGCAAACGACCACUAAAGAGAAAAUGCCGCCGUUCUGUGCCCGCGACUUGUACCCAUUUCGCUGCUCGGCUUUGUUAGGCGGCAGUAACACAGCAGCAACAUGCUAGCACAACGCUAACAGGGCUGGUUAAAAAAACAAAAACAUACCGGUAAUAAUUAGUGAGACACGGCAGUAACACACCAUCAACACACUAGCACAGUGCUAAAAAAAAAAAAAAUACCAGUAAAAGUCACUUCCUCGGCACAUAUAUACCACUGGUCUCACUCUUACCUUUUCCGCUCGAGUGCCCCUUUGCGGCCGUUAGGGAAAAAAAAAUGCACAAAUUAGCUGCAUUAUCGCAUAAGCCACAGGGUUGAAAGCUUGUGAAAAAAAAAGUCGCAGUUUAUAGGCUGGAAAUUACAGUAAUGAAUGAUUUUUGGACCAAUUCAGUGAAAUUGAAUUGCUUUUUGGCAUCUAACAGCAGUUCGUAAUCACUGCUUGAAAACUACUGCAAUCUUUCAUGCAAUUUGGUUCGACAUCCAUCCAGCCGUCUGAGCCGCUUAUCCUCACAAGGGUCGCAGGAGUAGUACAACUUUGAAAUAUGUAUUAUUUCAGAUGACCUGAAAUGUGUGUUUGUCAAAUCCCGAGACUGGAACGGCGCAUUUGUCACCCCACUGCUGGUUUUCACGGCGCUGUGGCUGCUAGAAUAAAAGUUUUUCAGCCAUAACUUGGAGCGCUU